AGAGGUUUCGGAGCUUUCGUAGUUUCCGUGGUUCUCGUGGCCCAGUAGUAUGUCGCGACGCGACUCGAAGAGAUCGUCGAUCCUUGCGAUCCCGGGCCCGAAGCCGUUGACCCGUCGUUGCAACGCAACGGCGCAAAGGUAACGAUGACCCCGACUCGAGAAGUCCUCGAGUAGAUGCCCGGACCCUGCGAAAUGGACCGGCCUCCCGGUCCCGGAGCCUUCCGGGAGAGGAGGUCCGGAACCGCCAGGAGGCGGAGGAUGAGGAGGAGGACGCAACACUGGACCGAGCGACUGGCCGACUGCAUGCGCAACUUCCUCGCCUUCCUCUUUGGCAACGUCGGCAUAGUCUGCCUCGUGGUGGGCUACACCGUCGCCGGGGCGUUCGUCUUCACAGCCAUCGAGGGGAAAUUCAACUUCCAGAGGGCCGGGGAGAUCGCCGCCCUGAGGAACCUCACCGCCUCCCGCCUCUGGGAACUGACCUACCAAGUACCGGGAAUUUUAGCAUGUCCUCCCUCUUCUCCUUUUUCUCCCGUUUCGAUGGCAAUUUCAUUCGGCUUCCAUUUGGUUUCGUUGCAUGGAGGAAGAAUUAAUUUUCCACGGUCCCGAAGUAAUUUACCGAGCCGCGGCGGGGAGGGACCCGGCGUCGCCGCGGAAUUCCGCGUCCGGAGAUCGAUGGUCCACGGUUUGCAGGAGAACGUCUUCUCGGAGAAGGACUGGAAGGCCAAGGUGCGCGUCGUCCUGGAGGGCUACCAGGAAGUCGUCGUCGCCGCCGCGAGAAAUGGCUACCAAGGCGCGGACUCCGUCGAAGGGACCAAACAGUGGAGCUUCGCCGGGGCCUUCCUUUACUCCCUUACCGUGAUAACCACCAUAGGGUACGGAAAUACCUGUCCGAAUACCGCAUGGGGGAAGGUGGUGACGAUAGUUUACGCCAUCGUUGGUAUGCCGCUCUUCCUCCUGUACCUGAGCAACAUCGGCGACAUCUUCGCGAGGAGCUUCAAGUGGACCUAUGCGAGAUGCUGCCUCUGCAGGUGCCGCGGAAGAUCGAAAGGGUCGGAGUCGGAGGUGGUUCGGAGAUCCGGGUCCAGAGACUCGUCCGGGAGAGACCGACGGCAGUCCAUCAGGAUGCAGAACUACCGGCCGGAAGGUCCUUCCCCGGAACGCGGGAAACCGGGCUCGAUCCGGGAAAAUAUCGGAGCGGAAAAGGAAGACGACCUCCAGGGAGACGAGGACGACGGCGACGGCGACGACGACGACGACUGCUAUUCCUCCGUCCGCGAAGACGAAGACGACGACAGCCACGACGACCCCCAGGAAGUCACCGUUCCUUUGACGCUCUGCCUCGCUAUUAUGGUGGGAUACGUGUGCGGUGGCGCCAUGCUUUUUUCCAAAUGGGAGGACUGGGACUUCCUGGACGGGUCAUAUUUCUGCUUCGUGUCCCUGUCGACCAUUGGAUUCGGUGACAUCGUUCCCGGUGACAAGAUCUAUUCCGGCCAAGGACUCGAACUGUCCUUCGUAUUCUGCUCCAUGUACCUGAUGUUAGGCAUGGCCCUGAUCGCCAUGUGUUUCAACCUGAUGCAAGAGGAAGUCAUAGCGAAGAUGCGAACUCUCGGAAGGAUCGCCAGGUACAUCGUCAGGUGCGGCAGAUGACGGAACGGUCCCCGAAGGAAGCCAAGCCGCCACCGGUUGUGACGAAGAUGCCCGAUCGAUGAGAAGCGCAAAACCUCCCCCGACGCGUCGCCUCGCUCCUGGAAGGAGAUCGUCCCGCCUCGGGCUCGAUGGCGUCGCCUCCGUAAGGGCGGGGAUGCGGUCCGGCGCCGGCGGCCAUCAUCGCCGGGCC